CAACCCCCCACGGCCUGCUUCUCGAGCCGGGCCGGGAGGGCCGCGCUAGGAAUCCGCCUCUCGACUCCUCUCAGCGCCCGUUGGCCGCCUUCGCCUCCCGGCCCCGUGGAAGCGUCGGAGGCGCCCGCUGAAGCCCCCCCCCCGGCCCCCCCACUCCGCUCUCCUCGGAGCGUCAUGGCCCAGUUCAAGCGCCAGAAGCCCCUGCGGACCAGCAGCCUCCAGGGAGCCCCGCGAGGGUCCUUCUCAGGAACACAGCCAGCCUCUCUACUGGGACCUGCGCCGGGUCUGUUAAAUCCUCCCAUUUCAGCAGACAUCAUUCAAGCAACACGACAUCUUCAGGGAGGAGAGAAGCAGCGGGUUUUUACUGGCAUUGUCACCAGUCUUCACGAUUAUUUUGGCGUGGUGGAUGAUGAAGUUUUUUUCCAAUUAAGCGUUGUUAAAGGCCGGAUCCCACAAAUUGGUGAGAAAGUGCUGGUGAAAGCUGUUUACAACCCCAGCCAGUCGGUGCCCUGGAAUGCCUUGAAGGUCCAGACCUUGUCAAAUCAGCCUCUUCUGAAGCCCCCCACUCCUCUGCUCCAUGUAGCUUCUUUGGGACAGAAGCAAGGCAUUCUGGGAGCUCAGCCCCAGCUGCUCUUCCAGCCUCACCGGAUCCCCCCUCUCUUCCCCCAGAAACCAAUGAGCCUCUUCCAGACAUCUCCAUCGCUCCACUUGGGCCACCUCGGGAGAUACGCCAGUCGAGGUCCUAAAGGCAGGCAGGAGUCGGGCAGAUGGGAUGACUUUGACUCCAAGAAGAGGAAGCAGAAGGGUAAUGAGCCCUGGGGGGCAAAGAAGCCUCGGCACGAGCCACCCCAAUACCGAGUCCAGUUGGCUUGCUAUACUGUGAAUAGCUCCUCCUGUGAUGCCAUGGAAAUCUUGAGGCGCUACUGCAGCAUCCAGUUGCCCAAGGAAUUCUAUGAUGUCCGCCUCUGCUGGUUGGACACCUUCCCUCUUAGCCAGCCGUUGACUCUGAAGCACCCUAGUCGUGUCCAAGUGGCCAGUCCUGCUGAAGAACUGUCUCAGACGGGAGAGGAUACCAGGCAGGAGGUUCAGCUGGAGGACGCAAAUCCCGCAUUCAGUGCCAAGGUUCUGCUGCUUUCUUCUCCUGGCAUUGAGGAACUCUACCGCAAUUGUCUGCUCUAUAUUGAGGAGCCCAGCGAUCAGAGGGAAAUCCCUGAACAUCCCACAAAGCAAAUUAAGUUCCUGCUGGGAAAGAAGGCAGAUGAGCUGGUGCUUCUGGGAGGAGAGUGGUCGCCCUCUCUGGACGGUGCUGACCCAGCUACAAGCCCCACGGUCCUCAUCCGCACAGCCAUUCGUUGCGUCAAAGCCCAGAUCGGCUUGGAUUUGAGCCCCUGCACGAAGUGGUACCGGUUUGCUGAGUUCAGAUACCUGCGUGAGGGAAACCCAUCUUACCAGGAGCAGACCGUGGUUUUCUUGCCAGAUAUUUGGAGCCUGAUGCCAUCUCUUGAAGAGUGGGAGGCCUUGUGCAAACAGAAAGCGGAAAAAGCUGCAGCACCUUCGGAAGGAAAAAACGAGGCGGUGGAAGAAAAUGAACAGCCCUCUGAACCGGCUCCGGAGCAAGAAAUGGAGUCCUGUGAGCAGGAAAUGGAGGCAGCUGAACCAGUCCCCGAGCCGGUUCUGGAGACGUCGACUUCCGAACCAGAGACCCCAGCUCCACCACUGGAACCAGCCAUAAUUGUUUCUCCUCAUCUGGCACUGCAAAACGGGCAGCCCAGUUGCACCAACCUCUCUCUCUACACUUUGCUCGAGUACAGAAGGCAGCGGGAGAAACUCUCCUUUGAGGUGGCAGUGAUGGCAGAGACUUUCCAGGAGAUGCUUCAGCGGGAUUUCGGCUACAAGCUUUAUAAAGCGUUGCUGGCCCUGCCGGAAAAGGAGCAGCCGCCGGAGGCCAAGAAUCCCGAUUCAGAAAAAGUGCCAAAAUCUGAAAAGGAAGCAGAGAACGAAGUGAAGGAGGAACCUCAGGAGAAACCCGGAGCAGAAGAUGCACCCGAUAGUAACCAGAAGGAAGUUCAAAAAGAGGGGACUGGGGAGGCCGAGAAGAAGCCCCUGAAUCAAGAUGGGGCCAAUUCAACCAAGGAAGAGAAGGUGAGCGGGAAUAUCAAAGCCGAAGCGAAGGAUUCCACCGACGACCUCUGUGAGCUGAGCAUGGAAGACGACCUCUUGCUGCUAAGAGAGGACGAAGAGGAGGAUUUUGGUGUCAAGUUGGAAGACGCCGAAGUGAGAUCCGUUGCAUCCAACCAGUCGGAAAUUGAGCUUUCCUCCCUCCCUGAUGUGCCCAGAGAGCUGGACCCAAGUACUGUGUUGCCCUUGGAUGCCCUCCUUGCCUUCAUAUACUUCGACUUGAAUUUCUGUGGCUACCUGCAUAGGAAGGAUAUGGACAAGAUCCUCCUCACUUUGGGACUGCACCUCUGUAAAGAGCAGGUGAAACGCUUGGUGAACAGGGUGGUGACUCAGUUUGUGUGCCGUUACCGCAGCCUGCGCUACAACCGGCAGGAAGGGACAGAGGCAGGCCUCGGAGAGGAAGAAUUGUCAGGCAACCUUCGUUUCUUGCGCUCAUCGGUCCCUUUUACCAAAUCUACCCGAGAAGCUCAGUCUACCAAUUUGAUUCCGUACAAUGGAGCUGUCCUUAACGUGAGCAAACUCCUGGAAAAGGCAGAGCAAACAGAAAACAGCCGACUCUACCUGGAAAAUAAAAUCCAUACCCUGGAGCUAAAAUUGGAAGAGACCCAGCUUCGCUUCUCAUCCACCGAGACUUCCAACAAGGCUUUGACGCUGGAAGUGCAGGAAUUACAGAAGCGCCUGACUGAGGUGGAAGAGCAGUCAAAAGCAUCCGAAAAGCAAAAAUCCCAUUUUCAAAGGCUGCUACAGGAGAAUAAGAAACGCCUGGUUCCUUUGCAGUUGGAAAUCCAGAAGAUAAUAGAGAAGACCAAUAACUGCUUAGAGAAGAAGGAAGCUACGUCGCCCUCGGUUUCCAGCAACUGAUGCUCCCUAGAGAAGGAAGACCAUCUUGGCAGGGAAGAUCAGUACAACUUCGUUUGAUAUUUUGGGGCUGUGAGUUAAGCGGUUGGGGGGGGGGAGUUAAGCCUUUGAAACCGUCAACUUUUUGGCCACUUACGUGAAAGGCUGCCGCUCGUUUUCAUCCUCGACCACCCCCCUCACCCCAGGCUUCGGGGAGGGAAAGGGUCCCUAGUCCUGCAUGACUAGGAGACCACAGUUUCAUCUGCUGGAACCACCCCCCUCCCCUUCUUGUUUAAAGGAAUAUCCGUUAGGUAGGCAUUUUGAUGGUCUCGCGUGCGAGGAGAGAAGCUACAGGUUAGGUAUUUCGGGCUGUUGGCCAACAGCGAGUCUUGGACUGGGAAUGUUAGCUCCUUACCGAGAGCCGUGCAGGUCCUGAUUGGCGCCAGAAGACCAGGCAUUGCUAGCCUCUUUGUGCCGCUGCAUGGAGACGUUUUUAAGCCCCCCCCUCCACUUUCCGUCCCCUCUACGUCCAGCUUGAGGGGACGCUGGGCCAGCUGGUGCCUUGGGGGGAGGGGGAAAGAAACGGCAACGACCUCCUCGCGGUCGGCAAGCUUUUAUCCACUAGCUCUAGGCCAGCAGCUCCUGCCUCUUGCCUUUUCUGGCUCGUGCAUUCAGGGCGGCUCGCGAGCUCUGCUCUGGUGCUGUGGCUCGAGCGCCAACACCGUGCAUAACUUGGUCCAGCAGUUUUGCCCAUUUUAAGGAAAAAUAAACACCGCGAGACCCUCCUCCUCCUCCUCAACCCCAUGUCAUUUACUUGCUCCGGGACCCACUGAGUUUUCAUCACUGGCCUUCCGCCAAAAUUCGGCGGAUCUGGGAUUUUGGCAGCGGGAGGAGCCUGCGGUCCGUUGAACUUCCAUUGGGAAGGCAUAGCGCACAGCUGGAGGGCUGGGACAGCUGGAGGCCAUGGGUCCUCCCCCGGUGUAGACUUUAGCAGAGUAGCGGGUGGGCCCAUGCAAAGCAGUGGCCGGGCUCAGGCCCCCCCCCUCCAGUAGGUUACUCGCUGCAUUUGCCCAGGCCACCUGCUCCCCCACCCUCAGGUGGUCUGUCACUUCUGAAUGUGUUGCUUUUAGUCUGUAAAUGUGGUAACAACUUGUAUUUAACUGGCCAAGUUACUUUUAUAAAAGUCUCUUCCUCACUUGGAAA